AUGGACUUUGCUAGCAGCGUCUCUACACUGCGGAGGAAGCCUGUCAUCGCAAUCGCCGGACUCGGAAGCGAGAAUAGCACCUUUACGCCAUCACGAACGCAGGCGGUGGCUUUCCAGCCCAAGCGAGGAGCAGAAGUAAUAGAACAGUACGAGUUCCUGCACGAUGGAACACCAUUGGGCGAUGCAGCAGACUGGCGAGGAACGCUCACCGGACACUCUCUGCCAGGUGGCAUGGUCACGCGAGAAGCCUUCGAAGAACUCGCUGGUGAAAUCAUCGCUCGACUGAUAGAGACGGUCAAGGUGACGAAGCUAGAUGGUCUGUGGUAUGACAUCCACGGCGCAAUGCACGUAGAGGGACUUAUCGACGUUGAGGCGGAACUUCUACGACAGAUCCGUAAGGUGAUCGGGCCCGAUGUGGUUGUUUCAGCUUCGAUGGAUUUACACGGCAAUGUCUCUCGAGAGCUGGCCCAUCAGACUGAUCUUAUCACUUGCUUUCGAACGGCGCCGCAUGUGGACGAGUCAGAGACGAAAGAGCGGGCUUGUCGAAAUCUACUGCAAGUCCUGACCGGCUGGCCAGAGGAGCAGCUCUCAGAUUCGAAGCCGUUACUGCCGGUGAAGGCGUGGAUUCCUCUGCCAAUACUGCUCCCCGGAGAGCAGACUUCGACUCGAGUCGAGCCGGCAAAACAUAUCUAUGCUGCAAUCGCAGAAGUCGAAAGCGACGACUGCGUUCUUGAUGCGGCUAUCUGGGUGGGCUACGCAUGGGGCGAUGAGCGGCGGAAUCGUGCAGUCGUAAUGGUGACGGGAUGGGACGAGGCAAUCGUGGCUCGAGGAGCAGAAGGACUUGCUCGUCUGUUUUGGAACGCGCACCAGGACUUCAACUUCGUGGCGCCGACGGGGACGUUCAAGGAAUGCCUCGAUGCUGCGCUCGCCUCUAGGAAUUGGCCGUACUACAUAUCGGACUCGGGCGACAAUCCUACAGCAGGCGGAUCUGGAGACGUGACGUGGACUUUGCGAAGGCUCUUAGAUCGUCCUGAGUUCAAUCACGCCCGCGGACCUAUCGUCAUCUACGCAAGUAUCCCGGGACCCGAAGCAGUCCGUAUCGCCUUUCAGGCUGGUGUUGGCAAACUCGUCACAGUUACUGCGGGCGCAGCUGUCGACAACAUCCACGAGGGACCCAUAACGAUGACCGGACGAGUGCACGCCCUUCGCGAAGGUGAUCCUCAUGCCGAGCAGGAAGCUGUUCUCCGAGUCGGGAGUGUCUACGUGAUCCUUACCAAGCUUCGGAAGCCGUACCACUACGAGCACGACUUUGUCCAGCUGGGUUUGGACCCCCGAAAAGGCGCCCAUGUGGUCAUUGUCAAGAUCGGGUACCUGGAGCCGGAGCUCUACGACAUGGCGGCGGAUUGGAUGAUGGCUUUGACGCCCGGAGGGGUGGACCAAGACUUGACUCAGCUGGGAUAUCACAACAUUCGUCGACCGAUGUGGCCGCUUGACAGAGGAUUCAAUCAUGAGCCGGACCUGAAGGCACGGAUACUACCACUUUCUCACGAAUCCUUGACCGGACCUGAUGAUUGA